CGGUUCCCUAGGGAGGUAGUGUUUCCCUCCGUCCAGCCAAUCAGAGCGCUCAUUCUGGUGGCCCUUUCCGAUUGGCUGGAGCAUUAGCCAAUAGGUGUUGCAACCAAGCGUCGCGGGUUUCCCCGCCUAGCUUCUUCCGGUGAACCAAUGGGAAACCAGUCUCUGGAAGUGCCCUGCCCUGGGGUGAGAGCCACGGACCAAUUGAAAACUGUGGCUGAGUGGAGGCGUGGUCGGUUGUUGGUGGAGUGCCGGCGGGACGUGGACGGGAGCCUGGCGGGGUCAGCCCUCAAUUUGCGAUCGGGAGAAUGGCUGUGUGGGGCCUGAAAGGCCGCCUUGGCCUGCGCGGGUGCCUCGGCGCCGGCAGGGUACUGUAUCUCCGUUUCCAGAGCCGCGGCCCUCAGGGUGUGGAAAACGAGGAUAGGUCACAGCCUUCCUUGAAGAUGCCCAAGAUCCCCAAGAUUUACACCAAAACAGGAGACAAAGGGUUUUCUAGCACCUUCACUGGAGAAAGAAGACCCAAAGAUGACCAAGUGUUCGAAGCUGUGGGAACGACAGAUGAAUUAAGUUCAGCUAUCGGGUUUGCUAUGGAAUUAAUCACAGAAAGGGGCCACACAUUUGUUGAAGAGCUUCAGAAAAUCCAGUGCACGCUGCAGGAUGUCGGCUCCACCCUCGCGACUCCCCGCUCCUCAGCCAGGGAGGCCCACUUAAAACACACCACAUUCAUGGAGGGACCCAUCCUGGAGCUGGAGCAGUGGAUCGACAAGUACACCAGCCAGCUCCCACCCCUCACGGCCUUUAUUCUGCCUUCGGGAGGCAAGAGCAGCUCCAUGUUGCACCUCUGCCGGGCCGUGUGCCGCCGAGCUGAGAGAUGCGUGGUGCCUCUGGUCCAGGCAGGAGAGACUGAUGCAAACGUGGCCAAAUUCUUAAACAGACUCAGUGACUACCUCUUCACGUUAGCCAGAUACACAGCCAUGAAGGAGGGCAAUCAGGAAAAGAUAUACAAGAAGCCCUGACAGCCGGGACUGAGCCUGAUGCGCUGGAGACGAGGGCAGGGGAGGCAUCUUAGACCCCUCAGUGGUGCUGACGGCCAAGAGGUGAAGAGAAGAGUUUGCCCCUUACUGGCCUGAUCCUUGAAGGUCUCCCCCAGGGGGCUGGAUGCUGACCUUUAUCCAGACAUAGCUCUGGUUCAUAGUCCCUGCCACAUCCCCCAGGGAACUGUUCCAGAAUCCUGUCCCUGCUCCAGGCUCUCCUUGGCCCCGGGGAAGGUGGGAAUGAAUUCAGUAUUGUGGAACAGAAGGGCAGAUGAUGGCUGGAAUGAGAAGGAGCCCUGUGGAAAAAGAAUAAAAGUGGGAAAGGCUUGA